CUUCGUAUAGACCGAAUACAAACGUAGAUCUUUUUUAUAGAAAAAAAAAAAAAGAAAGAAAGAAAGAAAAGAAAAAAAAGUCACCGAGAAAAAAAAAUGACGAUCGUCGCGAUUAGUACCGCUAAUUUCGAACGUCAGUGGGUGCUCGUUAUCGCGUUUUUCGAAAAGAGAGAAAAAAAAAGGAAAAAGAGAUUGAACAACGAGAAAAACGAAAUAAACGAAAACAAACGAAUAAAGGGAAAAACAAAUACGGCAAAGAUCAACGUGUAUUACACGAUUCAACUGCAACUUGUUGCGAGCAUUAAAGAAGAGAGGAAGGGAUCGAAAGUAACGAACACCGGCGUUGCUAUUGGUCGAGACGGAGAAGGAUAGAAGAGCGAGAAGGAUAUAGAGAGCGCGAGAGAGAGAGAGAGGGUGAGAAGCUGCGCGAACUGGAUGCGCCAUCUUGAAUUAAUCGAGCAGUAGAACCAGCGGAGGGGAUGUCAGUCUCGUGCAGCACAUCGUUGGUGGUGCAUCGUACGGUUUUACUUUUAUUACGAGAAAGAAACUGGAUAAGAGUCUCGUGCGUUCUAUUCGGUAAUAGACAAUUUUUUCCUUUCGAUCGUUGUCCAAACAGAAAGAAAGAGAGAUAGAGAGAAAAUAGAAAAAAAAGAAGGACAGAUAUCGUUUCGAUAUAUUUGUGCGAUGCUUCGUCGUCUUCGUCAAAAAUUAACCUUCGAAGUUGAUCGACGUCGAAAAUUGAACCGAUAUUUCGAAUCGAAUCGAAUCGUGCUCGUCCAAGUUUCUUCCAAUAAUAAUUGAACGAUAUUCUUGUGUGAAUUCUUUUUCAAGUGAAACAAAAUUUAUAUUAUAACGUGUUUCGGACCUUAUACGUAAUAUCGUUCGUAUUCGUGGACACGAAAAUUUCGACGUUUCUUUUUUGUUUUCUCUCUCUCUCUCUCUCUCUCUCUCUCUCUCUCUCUCUCUCUCUCUCUUUCUCUCUUAUAAGAGUUGGAAACAUUUGAAAUUUUGGCGGGUAAUAGAACGAUUUCGAACGUUGAAAGAAGCACGAUGGAUGACCGGCCUGUCAACGUUCGUCGAAAUAUUUCGAUUCGUUUCAACGAAGAAUAAUUUCGACAAGUACGUAUAUAUAAUUCUUGAAACAAUAAAAAUUUCUAACGAUAAGUAAAUAAUCGUGAAGUGCGGGAGGAGAGACGUAUCGAACUUUUUUCAUUCGAAUAAGCGCGGAAGCCCGCGCGAAACAUUUGAAAGUGUACGGUUUGGCGCGUUUUCUAAAGAGAACGUAGGAAGGACAUUGAUCGCGUAUCAACGGCGGUUGGCGUACGUCUUUUGUUUUACCAAAUUACGCAUUUACGAUAUUUUUCGAAGAAAACAGAAAAAACUGAAAAAGGACAAGGACAAUGUUUCGACGAAUGUUUUUAUAAAUUAACAACAACGUCGUUACGUAAUCGUCUUAACUCAUUCGUGUCAUAUUCUUUUAUUUAUUUAUUUAUUUAUUUUUUUUUUUAACUUUUUUGUGGUUCCUAUCCUUAAACGAUCCUUAAACGUUCGCGUGGCGUGCGUGUGCGUGUGUCGUGUGUAAUUGUGCUAAUCGAAUCGCGUUGGUGAUCGUACGUGUGUCGUGUGUGUGCGUGAGUGCGUGUAUGUUCGGCCCGGAAAAAAAAAGAGAGUAAAAAAGGACAAAGAAGAAAAUAAAAGUAACUGAAGUUUUGUCACAAGUAAGACAAGCGUACACAUCUACGCGUACACAUACAUAAAUACGUUGUAGCCAAGAACAGUAGCGCGCAACAUGGAAGCUGGCGAUUCCAGGAAACUGUCUCUUCUACUAUGCCUUCUUCUUAUUUUCUCGAACGUCUUACAAGAUGGUUAUGGCGAGGUUGAGGACCUCGAGUCGGACGUACAGGAUUACAACACUGAAGAGGAUUACAAUGACGUCUUCGAUUCGACGAUGAACGGAACCGACGUGGACGCGACCACUGGUGGCAGCAAAAGUGGUACUUUGAAGUUUGUCAGGACCCUCUCGAAUAUAUCGAAGGACGAAGGUGGCGUAGCUCACAUGCGUUGCGAGGCUGUUGGUGAUCCACCACCUAUCAAAAUACGUUGGUACAAAAAUGAAGCACCCCUAGAAGAGAAACGACCGAAAAUUACCAUCAGGAAAAUUCAUGCUCAGGCACACGAGCACGCAGCUAAGAACGUAGCUGGUAGUCGUCUUAAGAUCACUAACCUCGACGUUUCCGACGUUGGAUUUUACUCGUGUCGCGUGACCAAUGGUAAAGAUCAGAUUCAAAGCGAGGGCACCCUAAGGGUCGAUUCAACUCAGAAAUGGCAAGCUCCAAUUAGUCCUGUUGUACAUUCAGAUAAUCCAACAUCGAACACUGACGAAUUUUCAUCCGGUUUACCCGCUGGAUCUAGUUUUAUCGAUGGAAUGGAUAAUACAAAUAGACUGGAUAUCUCAGGGAUUGGUAUGUCAACGCCACACAUCUCUCAUUUGGCACCCACAAAUUCUUUAAAUAUAUUAUCGCCCAGUCCACAACCGACUAGUUCCCAGUCUAGCACCGUGGAUUUUAGUACAUUCAGUGGCCUUAAAAACGUCAAUAUGCAAGUACCAUCGGGUAUGGUAAAUUUUGCUGGAUUUCCAGGUAUGAGCGCUAUACCUGGGAAGAAAGACAAUCAUGAAGGAACUUGCGAGGUCUACGUGGGUAAAACCUGUGCACAAUUUGUUGGAAAUCAAACUGUUUACAUUUUGUAUCCAAUGACGCAAAAAUUGCUCGAAGACAAAUUGAUCCAAGCUUUUGGUGUUAUAAACUUUUCAAACGAUUUAUCUUCCAAUUGUGAAAGCUAUGCCAAACCAUCUUUAUGUUACUCAACGUUUCCUAUCUGUCGAAACCCACCAAAUAAUCCAAAACCAAAGAAUACUGAAUUUUCAGAAUUCAGUAGUAAAUUGUUCAAUCGUCUUCAGUCUAAUCAAGAUGAACAUUUAGAAGACGGUGAUGGAGAGGAUAUGUUAGAUGAUUAUACAAGAACGCAUGGACUUCCUAGGAAAAGAAGUCCUACGUUAGGUCCUGGUUUUGAAUUCAAUCCAAGCAAAGAGAGAAAAGGAAGCAAUCAGAAAAUAAUCAAUCAAAGUUAUGGAGACAGUCGUUCGUCCAAUAAGAACGAAAUGAAUCGAAAAUUACGAAGAAUAUGUCGGGAGGAGUGUGAACUGUUGGAAAACGAAUUAUGUAGGACAGAAUACGCGAUUGCAAAAAGACAUCCAUUAAUUGGACAAGUGCCUUUACUCGAAUGCUCUGAUUUACCGCUUAAAGGCAGUCCAGAAGCUCAAGAUUGUUUAAGCGUUGGUAUAUCUACAAAAAAUAAUGUACAAGAAAACGAUUACUGUUUUUGGGGCAAUGGAGAGUCUUAUCGUGGUACAGUAAAAACAAGUAUUAGCGGCAGGCCUUGUUUGAAAUGGUCUCAUCUAAUAAUGCUACAUAUUUCUAAUUACCCCGAAUUAGCUGGACGACAUUCUUAUUGUAGAAAUCCGGCUGGUCAAGAAAUACAGCCUUGGUGUUUUGUUGACGCUAAUAAUAGGACUCAAAAAGAAUUUUGUCAUAUACCUAAAUGUGUUGAAAAUUUGUGGAUUUAUGCGGUUGUUGGUUUUGUACUAAUGGGAGGGUUUGUUACUAUAAUAAUUUGUUAUUGCUGUUGCUACAGAAGUAGAAAAUCAAGAAGACAAAUGAAUCACUUACCCUCGAAUAAAAUGUUGACUGGAAUACAAUGCGACAAAAACAUAUAUGAUGGAAGACGCAGUACUACACAACCGAUGGAAAUGAGUUCUCUUUUAGCUGGACCAGGUAACACGACUCCAGGUACAGGGACAUUAAGUAGUGGUAGUAGUAGAACUUCGAAUAACAGAGUACCUCAAUUUACCACAAAUAAUGUGGUAUUAUUGCAAGAACUUGGAGAGGGUGCUUUCGGAAAAGUAUAUAAAGGUGAACUACAGACUGGUAAUAAAUGCGAACCACCAAUAUAUGUUGCCGUUAAGACUUUAAAAGAGAAUGCAAGUCCAAAAACACAGAGUGAUUUUAAAAGAGAAGUGGAUCUAAUGACCGACCUUCGACAUCCGAAUAUAAUCUGUUUGUUAGGUGUUAUAUUAAAAGGAGAACCAAUGUGUAUGCUGUUCGAAUAUAUGACGCAAGGAGAUUUGCACGAAUUUUUAAUCUGUCAUUCGCCAAGAUCAGACGUUCCAUUGAACAAUGUAACUGGAAAGAUAUUGGAGCAACCAGAGUUUCUUCAUAUCGCAUUGCAAAUAGCAUCUGGAAUGGAAUAUUUGGCCAGUCAUCAUUACGUUCAUCGUGACUUGGCUGCUAGAAAUUGUUUAGUAGGAGACAAUCUGACCGUGAAAAUCUCUGAUUUCGGAUUGUCACGUGAUAUUUAUAGCAGCGACUAUUACAGAGUUCAAUCUAAAAGCUUAUUGCCAGUACGAUGGAUGCCACCGGAAUCGAUUUUGUAUGGUAAAUUUACAACCGAGUCGGACGUUUGGAGUUUUGGAGUUGUACUCUGGGAAAUUUAUAGUUACGGUUUACAGCCAUAUUACGGAUACAACAAUCAAGAGGUAAUCGACAUGAUCCGUUCUCGUCAAUUAUUACCAUGUCCAGAGGAUUGUCCAACGAUGAUAUAUAGUUUGAUGAUAGAAUGUUGGCACGAAGUGGCCAAUCGAAGACCACAAUUUCCAGAGAUUCAUCACCGUUUACACAAUUGGUAUAUGAAUCAAACAUAUUUAAGCGACUUUUGCAACGAAUCAAUUACAAGUUAUUCCGGUAGUAGUCACAAGAGUACGAAUAAGACAAAUUCAACACAACUCUCAGCACCGAUAUACAAAACUGAUCAAAAAGAACAAAUGUUUAAGAGUAAUAUGGAUUCAUUGGUAUGUAGUCUGAAUGAUCAUAACAAUGCGUUGAAGUUACACCAACAAAACUUUCCAAAUCCAGAAUCCAUCGAACAAAGAACUGUCUCUAUCU